AUGUCGAAAACCACAGCUUUGGGAAGGCAAUAUGAGGGAAACGGCGAAAAGGGAAAGAAGGCACCUGCCAUUCCCAGACCAAGUUCGAGUGUCCUUCUAAUAUCGCCCCAAAACCAUAUUCUCCUCUUGCGUCGAGUACAGACAUCAUCCUCGUUUGCAUCUGCGCACGUCUUCCCAGGCGGCAACAUCUCUCCCUUCCAUGAUGGCGAGCCUCCUGCCCCUGAAGAUGCAGCACGCCAUCACGACAGCGAAGUCUACCGUAUGGCCGCUGUUCGUGAGACUUUCGAGGAAAGUGGUAUCUUGUUGGCGAGGACCAAGGAAGGGAGGUUGCUUGAGGUUGAUGAAGACGAGAGGGAAAAGGUCAGGAAACUCGUGCACGGAGACAAGAUCAAGUUCGAAGACUGGCUAGAUGAGAAGGGUGCAAAGGCAGAUCUUGACAAUCUGAUCCCAUUCACCCGCUGGAUCACCCCUACCAACCUACCAAAACGCUUCACAACCCAGAUGUACAUCUACCUCCUCCCCCUGAGCAACACACCCAAGAACCUUCCCUCCUCUUCCUCCACCGCCGAAGAAGACGAGCCCGAAGUCAUGAUCCCAACACCAACCCAUGACGGCGGUCUCGAACAUACCGCCGCUCGCUUCCUUCCACCAGCAACUUGGUUGCGUCUAGCCCGCGCCUCCCGGAUCGUGCUAUUCCCACCGCAAUUUUUCCUCAUGUACUUGCUUUCACCAUUUCUCUGUCCUUCUGGUGAUGUGGGAAAGGAGGCCCCUGUUCCUGAUGCUGCUACACUGCAGAAGCAGAGAGAUCAAGUUCUGAAGUUCGUGGAAGAAGGGAAAUGGGGCGAGAAGUGUAUCUCACCCACGGUGUUGGGAGGUAAGAAGAGAGAGGAUGGCAGGGUAGUUCUAGGUCUCGACAAGCCUGGUGCUGAAGCCGAGGCUGAGGGAAGAAAGGGAGAUAUGGAACGAGUUGUUCUUGUGGACUUCAAGAAGGAGGGGCCCAGGAGAGUCGAGGUUGGAUUGAGGAAGGAGGUACUGGCAGAGGGACGCGAUAGUAAGUUGUAA